AUGGAAAACAACAGCAACUCACGCUCCUCUAUAUGCUGGAAAAUCCGUCAAGCACUUACAACCAAUCCUGCUUUCAAAGCCAUUCAUCGCAUCAAAUACUACUACAGAGAACCUAGGACUGUCACCACUCAUGCAAAUUCUCCAUCAUUACCACCCUCCACUCAUUUCCCUCAGAAUAUGAAGGCUAAGAAUACACAAGCAGAAGGAACAAUCCCCAUCAAGUUUGAUGACUCAAUCCCCAUAUCCACUCCAAUGGUAUCGAAAGUUGCUUCCCCUCAAGUUGGAGUAUCUAAAGGUGAAAAUAAUGGCAAAGAUAGCACUGGCCCUUUGAAGGAACAACACGGUGUUGGGAUGCAACAAGGUAAGAAAACUCUCGAUAUCAAUGACAUUUUCUCUGAGUACAUUGAACGUGCUCGGUACAGAAUCAAAACCGUGUCAAACGUGGGUAGGGGGCAAAGCAACUUCGCACCAGUUGAGGCUAGUGGGAAUAAUAACAGGAUGGAAAACCAUAAAGACCAUUUUUCAGAUAAUGCUAAGAAGAUGCCAAAUACGUCAAGCGUUGGAAGGAUAAGUAGUUCAUUGAAAAGAGGGUAUACGAAGAGUUGA